UUUACAUACAUAUAUGAGAGCAAGCCUUCUUGCGUUGCGUGUUGCGUGUAUACUGAACACUGUGUGCUGUGGCGUGGCACGAGCCUUCUACGCUACGGCAGGUUCUCUGCAUUAGAAAACAAUGUCGAGGAUUCUCAGGUGUUCGCCAAUAUUUCAACUUGAAAUUUCCUAUACGUAUUAAAUAAAAACGCGACAAAAUGGGAAGUUACGCGAGUCGAAUUGCAUCGAUGUCAAAUAGUGCAGUGCACUCAGUGUACCGUGGUCGUAAACGAAAGUGCAUCGAGGAAGAUGACUUCGAUUCUGAAUCAGAUUACAUUGAUCGUACCCUACAAACGCCGAAAAAGAGAAAAUUGCUGACAACAGCACAGUAUAUAUAUAAAACUCUAUUUCAAGAAGAAAAAGGCAGUGAUAUAACUGUGCUCAUGUUAGGAAAAGCAUGGAGAUUACAUAAAGUUUAUAUUAGCCAGAGCCCAUAUUUUGCAAGUAUGUUUUCUGGAUCUUGGAGGGAAGCGAAUGAGACAGUUAUCAGUGUGGAAAUUGCAGAUCCCAACAUUACAUUAGAUUCUCUUUUGACAGUCUUUGGUUCCUUUUACCAGGAUGAAGUCAGUCUGGAACCAAAGGAUGUCAUAUCAAUUUUGGCUACCUCCACUUUAUUCCAAUUGCAAGGGUUGAUCGACCAAUGCACAGACAUCAUGGUGGAGACGACAAACAUAAAAACUGUUGUCCCUUAUUACAAUGCUGCUGUAUCAUAUGGUGUACCAAUGGUAAAGACAGCAGCCAAACGCUGGCUGGAAGUAAAUCUUUUAGGAUAUGGAUGGCUGCAUCCAACUUUCUUGAAAGAAAUCACACCAGAUCUAAUGGCUGAGUUAAUUGCUAGCCCUGAUUUAAUUGCUAUGCAAACUGAGUUCUGUAUAUAUAUGAUGCUAAGAGUAUGGCUCUUCGUUCAUGUACACAAUAAAGAAGAAACAUUACAAAUCGAUGAGUACUUCCGGAAUCACAAAUGGACAGAGCCUUUUCUUAUAACGGAGGAAGGCAGGGAAUUCGCGGCGCCUUUCAAAGCACUGAGAAUGAAGUACCUUUUAUUACAUGAUCAAGAUGUUAAGAUUUUAUACAGCGACAAUCUGAUACCACACGAAUGGUUGCACAAUGCAUACAAGGAACAAUGGUUACAUUUAUUAAGAAUAGACGCGAAUAAAGAUCGAGGACCAAAACAAAUGAGUGAAGAGGAAUUCGCACGCGAAUGUUUCCGUUGCGGAAGAUGUAUUGAAAAGGUCGGUGAGCAUACUUGGAGAUGGACAGCGUUUCACUUUGGAUUAAAUUUGGUCGUGUGUUUGGAUAGCACUACUUUGAGGAUUAAGAGAAAUCAUAGAUUAGACACAGAUCUUAUUAAAGCUAAUCACAGCAAGCACAAUAUAAUUUUAAAGGUAAGUUUAAUUUCAUUGGAUGAACAACGUCAAGAGAAACACAUACAGAGUUCCGGUAUGCUUAGGUUAUUACUCCACAAAAAUGAAGAGAAACUAGUGAUGUCUUUGGACAAAGAACUUACUUAUCCGUUGUAUAUAUCGGUCAACAUGCAAGUUGUGACACCGUUUGUAUCCACGGAAGAGGAAAAGUCGGCCGACAUAGUCAUAUUCUCAGAUACUUAGCACUUCGAGAGUUCAAACAUACCGAGUCCUGACGAAUACACGCUUGUUUCAUAUACUAAUCCAAGCGUUCCAUUUUCUUAACACUUGAUUACGAGUAAGUGUUAUAAUGAUUAACGUUCUUUUUUUUAUUUUUUACUUUUACUCAGAACCAUUCGAAUUGAAUCUUUUUAAUAUGCAUUUUGUUAUCUGCCCGCAUAACGUUUAUAUUGUGGAAAUAUUGAUUUUUUAAUUAAACCUUCUACACAAACUAGUGAUCUAGUCGACUAAAUAUAAUCGCGGCAUUAAUACGAGACAAAUAUAACUUGUUUCGUUAGUACUUUUGGACCAGUGCAUAUUUAGAAACUUAUUUUUUUACAACAAGUAAAUUUGAAAAACAAGCUCAGAGAAAAAUCAUUAAUUGACGUUCGGUAAAAAGUAAAAGAUCUUCAAGAGAGCUUAAUUGUAAUUCUGACUCAGCAUCAGAAUGCAAGUAUCAUACAAAAUGCUACAGUAUUAAAGCAGUCGUUUGCUUUCACUGUCGUUGAUGCAUUUACAUAUUUAUAUCGCAACGAGGAUAUUGAUAAUCAAUUAGCCUAUGAAUUUGAAGUUGAGAAAUUUCAUAUGUUCACAUAAGAGAACACGUAGUAAAUGUAAGAGUGAAAUUAUAGACACGCUGAUCGAGUGAUUCUGUGUCUUCCGGUCAGCUAUCGAUAUGUCGACUUUCGUGCCUUCUGAAUAUCGAUUACGAAAGAGUAUUCUGUACAGAAUAUUCUAUUAUGACAAAAAUAGCGUCAGCCUUUUAUACGGUGUUUUUCAUUUUUGAAAUAUUUACUGCACGAUUACAUUUUUUCAACCGAUCAUCGCGCAAAAUACUCACGUUCCUUCGAUUCCAAUCUAUUCUACAUGGUGCUAUCAUUCGAUAAGUAAACAAUUUUUAUAUAUUUCACUUAAUAGAGACUAUAACAUAAGAACUUACUUCAAUUAGUGAUUAAGUCUUUUCUACAUUUAACGAGCGCUCUUAAUUCCUAAUUAACCUCUUGAUAGAGAAAUAUAAUGUGUUCUAACGUA